AUGACACAUUUUAAAUUCGAAGCAUUUAUACAAGUACUUAAACUUACAAAUCGACUUAUGGAAAUUGGUGAACAAUUUUGUCAAAGUGAUUCUAGUAUACUUCAAGAAGCUAUGCGACGACAAAGUAUAGUUUAUUUUCGUUCAUAUCAUAAUGGACGUUUAGAAGAAUUAAAAAUGUUUUUGGAAAAUGAAACUUGGCAAUGGUGUCCAGUCAAAUCAACAUUUCAUAUAACACAAUUACAUGAAUUUCGAUUUCUUCGUGAAACAUCUUCUAUUGCAUCUGAUUUAACAACUUCUACAUCAUUCAAUCAAAAAACUGAUUUUGAUUUAUUUGAUCGAUAUUUAUAUACUGAACGUGAACAUCCAUUUGAUCUUGAUCAAACUCGAACAACAUUAUCGUCUUCACCAUCACAAUAUAGUACGAAUUCAUAUGAUGCUAAUGAUGAAAAUAUGUUAAAUGGAAAUUCACAUAAUGAAAGAAAAGUUCGUUCAGAUUCGAAUUCAUCAUCGGAAUCAGAUAGUGAAAAUGAACAAAAAAGAUCUUCAAUGUAUCGAAAUCGUUCUCAUUAUCACGAUGAUAAAAAUGGAUCUACCAUUGUUACAAAUACAACUUUAAAUGUAACCAGAUUAUUUGGUCGUUAUAUGGAAAUGAUUGAAAUGCUUAAACCUAUUGCAUUUGAUGUUAUUAUUUGCAUGACACAACUUUUUGAUUAUUAUCUUUAUACAGUUUAUACAUUAUUUGCUUGUGAUAUGGAUGAUAUUCCAGUUGAUGCCUUAAGUAGUAGAUUACGAUUUACAAUUAAACGAAUUAGUGAUAAUUUAAUUGUGAAUGAUGAUUCCGAAGCAGCACUUCAUGAAAAAAUUCCAGCUGCACAUCUGUCUCCAUUAGUUGAUAUAAAUAGUUCAUCAAGUGUUCUUUAUGGCCUUCCACAACGUAUUGUUGCUGCUGAAUCGCUUGUUUUUCUUGCUGAACAAUUUGAUUUUCUUUUACCUUAUUUAAAAUUAAUGAUACCAGCUGAACGACAUACAUUUUUAACUCAAUUUUAUUCUCAAACUGUUCAAGUAACACAUGAAUUACGCAUUCCAAUUUAUCAUAAUGUUUCAGCUAAUAUUCUUGAUUAUAUGUCCAUAGCAGUAAUGAUUAGUAAAGUUAAUUGGGAUAUAGGAGAAAUUUUAACACAACAUAAUAUCUAUGUCGAUGAACUUGCAAAUGAAUUACAAAUAUUUCGAAAUCGUUUAGAUCAUAUUAAUGGUCAAUUAUUACCCAUACCAAAAGCUGUUUAUAGAACAUUAUGGGAUCAAAUAUUAGAUAAAAUAUUCUAUACAAUGGUUGAAGGUUAUGCAAGUGCUAAACGAUGUAGUAAUGAAGGUCGAGCAUUAAUGCAAUUAGAUUUUCAACAAUUACUACGACGAUUAGAACGUGUUAUUGAAGAUAUGAAACCUUUACCACAUAAAGAAUUUGUUGAAAAUUAUAUAAAAGCUUAUUAUUUACCUGAACAAUCAAUUGAUCAAUGGGUUCGAGAAAAUAUAAUAUAUACAACGAAACAACGAACGGCAUUAGUAACAAUGAUGUCACAUUUAAGUAAAAAGAAACGUGCACAAUUAACACAAUAUCUUGAUGAACAAGAUCGAUCUCGUACUCCAGUAACAACAUCUUAA